CGAGUCGGCGGCGGCUAGUAAGUCGAGGUGUUGACGGUGACAGAGGAGGAGAGGACACAGACGCUGAUCACAGAGGAAAUUAACGCUGCUCGCCGUGCCCGUAACGUGACGCUCGUAGUUAAUUAUGGCUGUAGAGAUGCUUGAGAGCGGGGCGGACUAUAUGAGGGAUCCCAGGAAGCACCAGUUUAGCCCCUAUGCUGAUAAUGGCGGCACAUCUGUGGCCAUUGCUGGUGAUGACUUUGUGAUGAUUGCCAGCGAUACCCGUUUGUCUCGAGGCUUCAACAUCUUCUCUCGUGAUCAAGGGAAAGUGUUCCCACUGACACCAAAGACCAUGAUGGCAUCGUCAGGCUGUUGGGCCGACGUACUAACUCUCAACAAGGUGUUGCAGGCCAGACUAACGAUGUAUUCUCAUGAGCACCAUGAUAUGAUGUCCACUACAGCUGUUGCCCAGCUGCUGUCAACAAUGCUCUACUGGAGGCGAUUCUUCCCAUAUUAUGUGUCCAAUAUUCUUGCAGGCAUUGAUGAAGAUGGCAAGGGUGUAGUAUAUCAUUAUGAUCCCGUGGGACACAUGGAAAAGCUGACAUUCAGUGCAACGGGUGCAUCCGUCUCUCAGAUUCAACCUCUCCUGGACAACCAGAUUGGAGGACUCAACAUGCUAGGGGUGGAGCCUCCCAAAAUGACCAAGGAACUUGCACGUCAGCUUAUACACGAUGCCUUUGUGUCAGCCGCCGAGCGUGACAUAAAUACUGGUGAUGGCAUAAUCAUUCAUACCAUCACUAAGGAUGCUAAAACAGAGGAAACGGUUAAACUUCGCAGGGAUUAGUUCUAAUUGGUAUUAAUAACUUUUCGGCUAUUGGUAUGAUUUUUAAGACCAUAGUGCAUACAUAAUAAAUAUUGUACUGACAAA